AUGGGAAGAACUGCAAAAAGCUGCAAUCGCAGUUGCAAUGCUGCUGUCGAGACUGCUAAAAGCUUUCUAUGCGACCAAAAGUCCAAAACUGCAGAUGCGGGCUGCAAUUUAAGACCAAAAUUUUUGCAUGAGUUUGUUAGGUAUGCAGUGGUGACAGGCUCAAACAAAGGAAUUGGGUUAGAAAUAGUUAGGCAGUUAGCUUCAGCUGGUAUCAAGGUGGUGCUUACAGCAAGAGAUGAGAAAAGAGGUCUUCAAGCUUUGGAAACACUCAAAGCAUCUGGUUUAUCUGAUUUUGUUGUUUUUCAUCAACUAGAUGUGGCUGAUGCUUCAAGUGUAGCCUCUCUUGCAGACUUUGUCAAAUCACAAUUUGGCAAACUUGAUAUUCUGGUGAACAAUGCAGGUAUUAUUGGAACUAUAAUUAAUGACAAAGAGUUAUUUAAUCUCGCUAUCAUCAACCGUGGGGCAUUAUCAGCAGAUAAUAGGAAAAAGGCAUUGACUCAAACAUACGAAUUAGCCGAAGAAUGCUUGAAAACAAACUAUUAUGGAGCUAAAAUAACUGUUGAAUCACUUCUUCCCCUUCUUCAGUUAUCCGAUUCACCGAAAAUUGUUAAUAUAUCAUCCACUUUGGGGCAAUUAGAGGAUCUUACAGUUUAUUCAUGUCAAUUCCAGAGUAUACCGAAUGGAAGUGCAAAAAGUAUCUUCAGUGAUGCUGAUAAUCUAACAGAAGAGAAAGUGGAGAAAGUAUUAAAGAAAUUUCUGAAAGAUUUCAAAGAAAGUUCAUUAGAUAAUGAAGAUAAUGGCUGGCCUAAGACUUUAGGUGCCUAUAUCAUUUCUAAAGCUGCUAUGAAUGCUUAUACAAGAAUUGUAGCUAAGAAUUGUCCUGCUCUAUGCAUCAAUAGUGUUUGCCCGGGUUAUAUCGUAACAGAUAUAACUGCCAAUACCGGUUUGUUAACUGUUGAAGAAGGCGCUGCUAGUGUUGUAAGGCUAGCACUACUUCCUAAUGAUAGUCCUUCCGGCUUCUUCUUUUAUCAGAGUGAAGUGUCCUCCUUUUGAUUCGUACUCAAAAUUUAUGUUUUGUUAGAUAAUCUGAUUAAUUGAACGCUUAUAGCA